AUGAAGUUCUCCUCAGUUAUUAUCAGCAUCAUCUCCCUGACGGUGGGAACGGCCAUCGCCAACCCGGCCAGGCUUGAGAACCGACAGAAAGCCCCAGGUGUUGGCGACCCAAAUGCUCAGUGCGAUGAUAAGCAUGACUGUUGCUUUAGCUCAGAAGCUGCCUGCUUUAGGCAGUACGGUACUCUUCCCGGCAACAUUUACUGUCCGCUGCACAAAACGCCGAUUGCUGUUCAAUCUCCAAUGGCUUGGGCCGUGGGUGCCCGGGCAAAUAGACGGAGUCGUUACACUGUCUUUACUGGUGUUGGAUCUCGCAUUACACUACUAUUCAGGAUGGCGGAUGCAUUUCGAGUGCCCUUAUCUUAA